GAAUUGGGUGUCAGGCUCCCUUUGCUGUUUUGGAGAGGAGCUCACAGUCCCUGUCAGGACACACGUCUGGCUUUGUGUACAUCCAUUGUGUGCUUCAGAUCCUCACAACCCAAGACCCAGGCUGUGCAAGCUCUGCCAGGCAAUCACUGGGAGUGCUAUUUGUGCAGGGCCCUUUGCUGAAUGAUUAUAUACAGCACCAAUCUGGCUAUUUCGAACAUCCAGCAUAAUCUUCUAAUAUCCCAGAGCUCAAGAAAACAUGGCAGACGAAGAUCUUAUCUUCCGCAUGGAAGGCCUCGACAACAGCCGUGUAAUAAGAGAAGGGACCUCAGAUUACAGCAAGGCCGACAGUGAUGACGAAGACAACUUCUUCAUCUGCUCCAUAACUGAUGACCCAGCCUCACAUCAUGAGGCCAACAAAAAGAAUUCACGUUUUUUCAGCAACUUGAGAAAAGAAAAUGUGUAUGGGACCAGCUCUUCUCCGAGAAACACCUUUAGUUUUAAGAAUGACAAACGCCACUUUUCUAAGCAUGGCUGCUUGACUGAUCGAGGUCGGGAAGCUUGGAAACAUGCUAUUCAGAAGGCCAAACAGAUGCCUGAUCCCUGGGCCGAGUUCCACUUGGAAGACAUAGAGACAGAACAUGGUAUCAGACACAGGUACAAUGCGGUGUCUGGCCAGUGGGUACAAGAUGAUGUAUUGAUCAAAAUGGCUUCUCAAGCAUUUGGUCGUGGAGCUAUGAGAGAAUGCUACAGAACGAAAAAACUCUCCAAUUUUUCGCACAAGCAGCAGUGGAAAAGUGCUUAUAACUAUGUAGCCAAACGCUACCUAGAAACUGUAGAUCGAGAUGUAUACUUUGAAGAUGUCCGACUUCAAAUGGAAGCCAAACUUUGGGGAGAGGAGUAUAACAGACACAAGCCCCCAAAACAGGUGGAUAUUGUGCAAAUGUGCAUAAUUGAAAUGAAAGACAGACCGGGCAAACCUCUGUUCCACUUAGAACAUUACAUUGAGGGAAAAUACAUUAAGUACAACUCGAAUUCUGGAUUUGUACGCGAUGACAACAUACGUCUCACCCCACAGGCUUUUAGUCACUUUACAUUUGAGCGUUCGGGACAUCAGAUGAUUGUUGUUGACAUUCAAGGAGUUGGGGAUUUAUACACAGACCCACAAAUCCACACCGAAAGUGGGACUGACUUUGGAGAUGGCAAUUUAGGUGUGCGAGGUAUGGCCUUGUUUUUUCACUCACAUGCCUGUAACCGGAUUUGUAAAAGUAUGAUGCUGACGCCAUUUGACCUUUCACCUGGCGAGAAGGUCGCUUUGGACAACAGCGCUAAAAUGCUGCAAUCUGCUCAGACUGUUGUACGCGGCACAGUGGAGAAAUGCGGAAGCCCCCGGGUUCGAACCAUGUCUGGCAGCCGUCCUCCUCUGCUCUCACGACUCUCUGAAAACUCGGGAGAUGAAAACAUGAGCGACAUGUUUGAUUCUCUGCCCAACUCCCCAUCACCAGCCACCCCUCACGGUCACAGAUUCGAUGUGCACGGUUGGCCAAUUUUCAAUGAAGUGGAUAAUUUGGACAAUGAAGAGAACAACAAUCUGGACAAUCACAGAGACUCAGAGAAUGGUGGUGACAGUGGAUGUCCUAGUGAAAAGAGAAGUGAAUCCGAUGAAAUGGAACCUCGGCAUCCUCACAAUUGCGGUAGAAGACGCCUUGAAUCAGAAUCCGAAGACGGUUUUGGAAAGAGCAGAGGUGUUGUAAAUAAGGCCUAUCUGAUCUCUAGAAACAGCCCCAGGAGUAAACUGGUCACAGUGGAGAAAUGGAACCAGUUUCACGCAGCCCGUGUCCACAUUCACCGACCUUCCUGUGUCGCAGUGGAAGUCCAACGCCUGAACGCUUUAGAACUUGAGAAGAAGAUUGGAAAAUCCAUCCUUGGGAAGGUUCACUUGGCUAUGGUGCGUUAUCAUGAAGCUGGACGCUUGUGUGAAAAAGAUCAGGAAUGGGAUCACGAUUCUGCAAUUUUUCACCUCGAACACGCAGCUAAUCUCGGAGAACUGGAAGCCAUCAUUGGCCUUGGACUCAUGUAUUCUCAGUUGUCCCAUCACAUACUCACCGACAUCUCUGUGCCGGACACAGAGGAGAACAGAAUUAAAGGAUUUAAUUAUUUGUUGAUGUCAGCAGAAGCUGGAGAUCGACCUUCAAUGAUUCAUGUGGCUCGAGCAUAUGAUACCGGUAUAAACUUGGGAUCAGACAGGUUGCAGGACUGGGAGCAGGCUCUGUUCUGGUACAAUUCUGCGCUGAACAUGACCGAUUAUGACGAGGGAGGAGAAUAUGAUGGAACUCAGGAUGAGCCCAAGUACAUGCUGCUGGCCAGGGAAGCUGAGAUGCUGGUGGCAGGCGGGUAUAACUUGGAGAAAGAUCCACAGAAAGCUGGUGAUCUGUACACAGAAGCCGCUGAAUCGGCCAUGGAGGCCAUGAAAGGCAGGCUGGCCAAUCAGUACUAUCAGAAGGCAGAGGAGGCCUGGGCACUCAUGGAAGAGUAGUCCCCUACUCCUUGAACAUAUAAGAAUGGCAGCUUAACAAAAAUACAAAACAUGCAAAAAGGAGUGUGGUUUACAUUGAUAACCAAAUGAUGGUUUUGUCCCUGGAUUAUCCUAAUGCUUGUUUACAUUGAGACACAAAGCAUAAAAGAUGUUAUUGUUAACGAGUGCAUAUUCCCCUUUGCGGCACAUUAAGCAGCUGCCUCCAGCACUUUUUUUUUUUUUUUAGCAGAAUGCUGUGAAAGGCAGGUGGGCCUCCCUAAUUUUUAACGGAGGCCCCUCACCUAUCCAUAGAAACUAUCAUUUUAACUUUUGAGUGGAGGUCACAAGAUAUAUGUGCCUGUUGGUGUCUGGGUUUUAAGUCCUGCUUUGCAUGAAGACACUUUUUGUAAAAACAUUUCUCAUUUCCCAUUGUCUAUAUCCCUGGCUUUCAGGUCCCACAAUGCUCUGUUGCAUCCAGAAUAAGAUGAAUUAUCAGUGCAAAAUGCCUUUCAUGUCCUUGGUCGUCAAAUUGCUAAACCAUCAUACGCGCUUACAUCCCCCAUCCCUAUCUGGUACUGAUGUUAGUUGCAACAAAGUUCUUCUGAAAUGUACAUUGUAACAAAAGUCAUGGCAUAUUAGUAUAAAGGACUCAGGAAUCAAUAAUUAUGUAGUUUGACAGAAAUAACAUGAUGGCUGAUUUAUUUCUGUACCGUACUUUUACACUGAGAAUCAAAGGGCUUUUAAUACCUUUUGCUAAGAUUAUUAAUAUGCAAAGCAGUAAUGGCGCUUAAAACGGCAAAUAAUUACAAACUUAGAACGGCGGUGCAGCUGUGUUUUCUGGAGCUACUGACUGACUCACUUU